UGCUAUUUAAAGAUCACUGAUCCUCACAAGUUGCCCCGGCUGCCACUGGCAGUGGGACCGAGUUUAAAUGAACAAGGACGAAGACAUGGUUCAAUCUGCUUAGCUAACUGGAAAAAAAAGAAGAUAUUUCCACUGAAGGCUGGCUUAACUGUUUAUGUACACUAAGAUGGGUCUCCCAUCUGUCAUGGUCCUGCCCCUGCUGAUAGUGGUUUUUGCUGGAGUUUACUAUGUUUACAAUAAAGUCAUGCGGUUCAUGUCUAAGUCCAUGGUGCUGAACAAAGUGGUGGUGAUCACAGACGCCAUAUCCGGGAUGGGAAGUGAGUGUGCCAGACUGUUUCAUGAAGGUGGUGCGAGGCUGGUUUUGUGCGGGCCAAGUUGGGACAAGCUUGAAUCUCUGCAUGACUCGCUGUGCAGUGGAUCAGACCCCAGUAAAACUUUCACACCCAAGCUGGUGCUGCUGGACUUCAGCGAUAUGGAGAACAUUUCAGAUGUGAUCACAGAGAUUGCAGAGUGCUACGGCUGUGUGGAUGUUCUGAUAUGCAAUAGCAGCAUGAAGGUCAAAGCCCCAGUUCAGAAUCACUCCCUGGAGAUGGACAAAACUGUCAUGGAUGUCAACUAUUUUGGACCUAUUACGUUGGCCAAAGGUGUCCUGCCAUUAAUGAUCACUAGAAGGACAGGGCAAUUUGUAUUGGCCAACAGCAUCCAAGGGACACUUGCUCUCCCAUUCCGUACCUCUUAUGCCGCCUCCAAGCAUGCAGUCCAGGCUUUCUUCGACUGUCUGAGAGCAGAGGUGGAGGAGUAUGGGAUCUCUGUCAGUACAGUCAGCCACACCUUCAUUAACUCACAGAACACCACUCCCUCCAAAACCCCACCCACCAAUCCCCUCUGGGCAUACAUCUCUUGCAUGCUGAACUCUCAUGGGGUGAGUCCCAAUGACCUGGCCCGUGAGAUUGUGAGAACGGUGAACAGGCACAGACGAGAAGUGCUUCUUGCCCACCCCAUCCCCUGGAUCGCCCUGUACAUCCGGUCUCUUCUCCCCAGCUUCUUCUUUGCUGUGGUGGCUGCUGGGGUGAAGGAUGGAGCCAUGGCUGAGCAGCUGAAAUAGAUGAACUGCAGAAAGAGGAAUGAAUUAAUAGAAUUAAGGAAUGACCUGAGGCCUUGUUGUUUUAUUUCAUGAGCUUUGAACUCCUUUCUGGUCUAGCAUUACACAGUAGGGGGGAUCUUCUGAUGUAAAAAUACAUGAAAACGUCUUAUAUUUUGAUCUGGUUAGAAAUAGGAUGCUUUUAUUUAUCUUGGAAUUUAUUGUGACUGAGUUGGCUGAUGAGACCAAAUUAUUUGAUUAAAUCACAUCAAAUAAUCUUUAGUCAUUCUACACAUUUACACAAUAAAGCUUGUGACUCGACUUCUUUGAAAUGUUGUUUUAUCAGAUCAAGAUGCUUUCAUACACAAUAUUGACAUUAUAUCAAUGGUAUGCUAUAGAUAGAUAAUAGAAACAAAUGUGAGAACCUUAUUUUAGGAUGCCAUCAUGCUUGAUAUAAGUUUUAAAGGGAUAGUUAAUCCAAAUAUAAAACAUUUUGUCCAAAAGUGUUGUUCCGAACCUGACUUUCUGACUUUCUUUCUAUCGUUGAAGACAAAACGAGAUGACUAUAUUAGCCCUAGUCACCAUUCACUUUCAUUGUAUCUCUUUACAAUGCUCCAGUCCGCCAUCCUAACGUUCUACUACAUGGCAUGUUUUUUGCAGAUGAACUAUCCUUUUAAUGUAAUACAAUCUAAAAAUUGUAUAAUAUAAAAUCCUUCUUUUCUCUUUAUUUCUCCAGCGCAUGGUUUUGCAAGGAAAUAAUGUGCCAUUUUGUUUCAUUCACAAGCCAUAAAGAGCCAUAUAGACGUUAUUUCCCAGACGUCUUCUCAAUUGCUGAUUUAAGGCCAGUUUGUUCAUUUAGUGCAGACGCGGCUCACUAUCAGCACCUAGGGGCCACAUCUGAUAUGUAUAGUGUACUACUUCUCAACAGCACUAUUGUACCUGUAGAUGGCACUAACCACAAGCCUAAGACACAUACUGGUACCGGAAACCUGGUGGACGUAAAUAAAAAUACAUAUAAUUUCACUGCAAAGAUGUGAUGCUUGAUGAAACAUCCUGUAAUUUAUGGAGCCAUUUCUCAAUAAUGAAGUAGGCAUCAAUAAAACAUUCAAGCUUUAAUAUUAAAAAGUUAUUGUAAUAGAAACACACUGCUGAUUCAUUUUAUAUCACAUGGCACUAUAAAUGUGUAGAUAAAUAAAGACAUGCUGCUGU